AUGGAAUUGAGGUUCGAUGUAAUUGACCUGCCUUAUGUUGGACUUCCCAACUUACCUAGCGGAAGAAAAGGGCUAGGACCUAUAAAUAGAAAUAUGUCUAGGUCACUUCCACCAACAACUCAAGCUAUUUCUUACUGGGAUUCUCCACAAGUACUAGAAAGUAUGGGAUCUCUACAACUUGUUCCACAAACUCAACACUUAUAUAAUAGCCAGUCAUCAAUUAGAAGCAGGUCACUACUAGAAUUGGUUAUGGUUCUCCCAAACUCAUACAAUGUCCAUGGAGCUGCCCAAAUGAGGUAG